AUGGAUCAGGGCGUGAUUUGGUCUUUUAAAUGUUCGUUUCGGAAACAUUUACUGGAAUAUGUUUUGUCUUUGAUCGAAGAUGAGCAACCCAUCAUGAAAGCCGAGGUGGACAUUCGCAUGGCAAUGCAUCUGGUCAAGAAAGCUUGGGUGUCUGUGCGCCCACACGUACUAAUCAACGCUUUCAUGAACGCAGGGUUCAAAUCCACAUUGAUUCAGACGGUGAUGCAGCCACCAGAGGAUAAAUGUGAUCUGAUCGAGGACUUUACACAUUAUGAAUUCGUUUCGCAUCAAGCUAAGCAUGGCAAAGAAGAUGACGAAUGUGACGCAGUGAAUGCGCCGGAAGUUAUCUCAAUCAAAGAGGUGCAGAAGUUAUUGGAUCAAUUGAAGCUCUUUGCCUUGGCUAAUGCUCGGAGUUCGGGUCGAUUAUUGGAGUGUACAAUUGAUUUAGGCAGUGCGUUUGUUGAUUUCCUACGGAGAGCCAAGCUAAGAUAA